AGAUCUACAAGAUCUCAUUCAGCUCUCAUAAAGUUUCAAUGCGAUGGAAUCUCAAGACAAUCUUAAAACAACUUGCAAAGAUGUAAGUUCAGAGACGCCAUCACCCAGACCUCCUCCAUCAGAGCAGAGCCAAGUCAAGAUGGAAAGCAGCAUGUCCUGCGAGACAGACUCUUCAGCGACUAUUGGCAUUGUUUCCCAGCUAGGAAAGAGACCUCGGAACCCUGCAGUGUUGAUUCUAUGGAUAGAGGAGCACUCGCACAACCCUUAUCCUACCAAGUCUGAGAAGACCAUGUUGGCACACUAUGCCGGAAUGACCGAAAAACAGCUCAAUGACUGGUUUGCGAAUGCUAGAAGGAAUAUAAAGAAGGUUGGGUACCCUUCUUGGAAGGAGAGACACUCUACUUACUCUGCAUGUUUUUCUAUUCCCGGUGUUCUACAGAACAACAACUCAGGUUCCUCCGGCUCUUGUACUCAUGGAAAUCCCAUGCCUGUCGAAUCUUCUAUCUCCUCUGAGGCUGCCAAUCAUUCAAGCGCUGGCCCAAAAUCGUCGAGUGCGAGGAAGCUACAAUUUGGGCAUAAAAUCAAAGAGGAGACAACGACCAUCAGUACCAACAUGUGCAACCGCCAUGGUUUCCAUCCGUACUACGUUCCAGCCCACUCAUCGGUCAUGACCAUUCCAGCUCGUUCCCAAAAUGGAGCCAGCACUCUUCGAUCCAUUCCUGUACCCAUCAACCCAGCAGCAGCAACCUACUACAAACUAUCGCAGCAGCACCCGUCAGCACCAAGAGAAAUCAACUUUCCAGUUGUGAAGCGACCCAAUAUACAAUCUCUUUAUGUUUCCUCGAGCAGUUCUAAUCUCGUACAACAUCAGUUCAACAGCUCACCUGUUGAAUUGCCGCCAUCAUGGACAAGCGCUCCCUCUUCAAUUGGCUCUGAGCCUCCGUCAAAACUUCUCUACCCUGCCGAUACCAAGCAGCCUCAAUCACCACCGUUGGCAAAUCCAUCACUACUACCACAUUCAAUUAGUUCUCUGUGUGAUUCAGGUACUACCUGUACAGUUGUUGUGGAGAGUACUACGGCACCGACCAGUAACCCCCCCACUACGGCACCGACCAGUAACCCCCCACGGCCACUACACCCCCCCACUACGCAAUCACCCGCUGUUGCUACACCUGAGUCCACUUGGGGGGAGCAGAGUCUACCACCAACACGAGCAGCAGCCACCAACCAACAUCAACAACUAUAUAACGAAUUCUCACUGUCGUCUGUUCCGACCGCCCAAGAGUUGGGAAGCAGCUGGGCUUCGUCUUCCAUGUUCCAACCUACUCAAGCGUUUAACUAACUAGAGAAAUUGUUUAAAUGUUAUUAUCCGGCUGACCUCGUGCAAUGGUGACUCCACAGAACAAGUAGAACACAUUUCGUACCAAUCAUUCACACCCGAAAUACAUUAUCUGAUUUGUUCAUAAACCAUAAUUAUUUAUGCGUUGUUUUAUUACAA